AUGGCAGUUUAUGCUGCUCUAUUUCCUCUGAAGUCCAAAAUUCGGGGAUAUCUAAAACAUUAUGAUGCUUGCUUUGAUCCUCCAUCCCUGGAACUCACACAAUAUUUGUACAAGGAGGUGGUGUCGUUUCAAGAAUUUGUCGAGAGAUUGGGUAGCAGCAGCAGGGAAAGGAUGAAGGCUUCGCUUGCACACAUCGCAGAGGCAAUACCCAAAUUCCAUGAUCUACUUUCGUUGCAUCUGUUGGAGCAAUACACAAAAGUUCCAGAUCAGAGAAACCGAAGGUUACUUCGUUUAGGCCUGCCUCAAGAAGAAGAAGAAGCAAGCAAUCAAAUGUCCCGUUUGAUAGAUCUGAGGCAUCUAAAACGAGAUAUUCAUUCAUUCAUUCAAACUCUGAAGAAGGUGAAAGAGGAGUACGAAAAAGAAGAUGACGAAUCAACAAUUGAUUUGUGUGCAAGCAAGACAAAGAUGGUUGGAUUAUCUGAUCAGCGCACUGAACUCAAAGAAGAUCUUGUAAGAGCCUGGAGUGGAGCUGUGCAAUUACUCUCGGUGGUUGGGAUGGCGGGCAUUGGUAAGACCACUCUUGCUAGGAAAAUAUACCAAGAUUUGGAUUUUGCAGAAUGGUUCGACUGUCGUGCGUGGGUGGCAGUAGGCAGAGAGUGGCAGUUACAGGAGAUUAUAAGGAUCAUUCUAGCUCAAGUGAAUUCUCAUGAAAUGCUUAGCGUGGAAGACGAUGAUGAGAGAGAAAGUGAGUACUUGAGAGAGAGUUUGAAGGGUAAGAGAUACCUGAUUGUAUUGGAUGAUGUGUGGGAUGCACAAGUUUGGCACGACAUAAAGAAACUUCUUACAACUACGCAGCAGCGCGGUGUAGUUGGAAGCGGAGGAAGCAGAUUUUUGCUUAUCAGUAGGAUGCAAGAAGUAGCUGAUCGUGUUGGCUCAGAAUCUGGAAUUACUUCCUUAGAUAUGAGGCUGAUGAAUAAGGACGAAAGUUGGGAUCUUCUUCGUGAGAAGGUGUUUGCUGCAGAGUCAUGCUCGUUCCAGCUUGAGAAGACUGGAAGGAAGAUUGCAGAGAAAUGUGACGGUCUUCCUCUUACAAUUGUCAAAGUGGCUCAUCUCCUAUCCGGAGCAGAGAAGACAGUGGAGUACUGGAACGAGGUGGCAACACAAGAAAAACAUCAACUUUUUAGAGCUGCAUACGAUGAAGUAUCAAAGGUACUAUAUCCAAGCUAUGAAAACUUACCUCAACAUUUGAAAAUGUGCCUUUUGUAUGUGGGAGUUUUCCCUCAAAAGGAUGAGAUCCCCACAUCCAAGGUCAUAAAUAUGUGGCUUGCUGAGGGAUUACUUCUUCAACAAAACAAGGCCAAAUCAUUAAGGAAACAUGCUCUAAAAUGUUUGGAUGAGCUUGCUUCAAGUAAUGUUAUGGUUUACAAGAAAAGCACUAGAAGUUCCUCUACGAUGUCAAUUGCUGAUAAAGGGAUAAAAGUUUGCGGCCUCCAUUAUUCUUGGUGGCACCUAUGUCAAAACGAAGCUAGGAAGAGCAACUUUUAUCGUGUACUAAAUAGUCGCGGAGACAGUUCAGAGGAAAGUAUAAAAGGUCAGAGCAGGUUGUGCUUUCACAAGAACAUUUUACUUGGCAUCAAAGAGGUUUACGAUUCAAUGGAGGAUAAUUGUGCAUCAUCUGCACGUUCUCUCCUAUUUUAUGGUCCCUAUAGUCGAUAUCCAAUACCACUAUGUUCUGCUUUGAAAUUGCUCGAGGUACUUGAUGCUCUCAAUAUUCGUUUCUAUGAGUUCCCAUUACAAGUAUUCGAACUAGUUGAGUUAAAGUACGUUGCCCUCACGUACGACGGAGAGCUCCCUCCUUCCAUAUCCAAACUUCAUAAACUUCAGUUCUUAAUUGUUUGUCCACAUCAGCACAUCAAAUCAUGUGGAGCUUUCUUGUAUCUGCCUCAAGAGAUUUGGGAUAUUAAAGAUCUGAAGCAUCUUCAUGUCACGGGAAGCGAUCUACCUGAUUUAGGGGGCACCCCCUUGCCAAACCUCUUGACGCUUUUGGAUGUGAGUGCUCAUAGUUGUACAAGAGGUGCUUUUGAAAGGAUUCAUAAUUUAAGAAAGUUAGGGAUUCGAAUUGAAUUGCCACCUGAUCAUGGUGGUGAGCCUCUGAAUUGCUUUGAUCAUGUUUCGAUUCUCAAAAAUCUCAAGUCACUAAAAUGUGUGGUCGUGAAUCCUGAACUUAGGUCUGAGUUAGUUCCCCCUCCUACACUAGCAAAUUUCCCGGUAUACCUAAAAAAGUUGGCAUUGAGUGGGAUGGGCUAUCCAUGGUCAGAAAUGAGCAAGAUUGCUUCAUUAGCAAAACUACAAGUGCUGAAGCUGCGGUGCAAUGCGUUUCAAGGCCCAAAGUGGGAAAUAGAGGAGAACAAAUUCCCAGCCCUUGAAUAUCUUCUAAUUGAAGACUGUGAUCUGGAGCACUGGAAAGUUGCAACUGGAAACUUCAAAUGGCUUGAGCACCUAAGCAUAAAGCACUGCUACAAUUUAAGAGAGCUCCAUUGGGACUGUGAAGAUAACAUUUCGAUGAUUGAAGUAGAUGACUGUGACCUUAUAGUUGAAAAGCAAAUAAAAGAGGCAAAGUGGGGAAAAGGAAUGUUAGCAGCGGAUUUCACUAUGCAUUAUUCUUGGACUGAUGGGAAGCUUAAGUCACGACAGAAAUCUUCAUCUUGA